AUGGAUAUUUUUAACUGCCAAUAUUGCUCAGUGUCUCCCUUCGAUUACAUCUUAGAUUUUAUCUAUGGCGAAAAGCCACCGAAAAAGGAGGAAAAAAAAGGUUCCCAUGUGACGUACGACGAUAGCACCAGUAACAACGUAUCUCAGGUUUUGUCCAAAGUAGGAGAUCAAGUGGAGAAAAGAUCCACCAAUGAAAUAUUGCUCCUAUGUCGAGCAUGGGAGAAUUACGUGCACCCCAGGGCCAAGGAAUACUGGAAGGAUUCGCAGCAACUUCAAAAUAUUUUAUGCAAAAUCGCAAACGGCAUCGCCAAAAAUGAUGAUCCCAUUUUGGGAGAUGACUAUGCGUGUGUCUUUUGGUACGGAGACAAAAACAAAAACGACAACUGUCCCAUCAUAUCGGUGAAGAAGGGGAAUGACAAUGUAGAGACCAUCACCUAUGUUAACCGAGUGCUCAUUUUUCUCUAUGCAGACGAAGCAAGUUUCCAAGAGCUGCAGAAGAAGCCAAAGAAGGCCUUCACGAUGGCGUGCGGGAAUACAAACUGUAUCAAUCUGACGCACAUUUCUCUAGACGAUUAG